GUUUCUUCCAGAUGCAGAGCACUGAACUAAGAGCAGCAGACUUCAACUCCAGAUUUCAUACAGGUCUGUGUUCAGGAUGGCCUCCAGUUUUGUACCUGUUGCAAACACAAGAAAUGGCUUCACCAUUGUAACCCAAGUGGUUCCAGGAGGAACAGAGCAAUAUGGCCUCGGGACUGGAGUCUCCACUGGAGGCCCAGUUAAAAAACUUCUGAAAGGAGAGCCAAAGGCACUGGGGACUGUCCAGAUAAUGAUCGGGAUCAUGACGUUCUUGUUUGGUAUUAUUAAAACGGUCUUUUUUCCAGGUGUGGGUGCCUAUAGUGGUGUCACUUACUGGGGAUCGUGUCUUUAUAUCACCUCAGGUGCUUUGUCUAUUGCUGCAGACAAGAAAGCUAAACCCUCUUUAGUGAGAAGCUCCCUGGCGAUGAAUACAAUCAGCGCUGUGGCUGCAGCAGCAGCCAUCGUUCUGCUGUCGUUUGACAUUGCCAUAACUCAUCGAUAUUGUUACAGAUGUUUCUACAGAGACCACGAAGGCCAGUCACUUGGAAUCAAUGGCGUGCUGCUGGUGUUCUCUCUGCUCGAGCUCAUUGUCUCCAUCUGUACGUCUGCAUUCGCCUGCCAAGCCACCGAUGCACUGAAUGCCCAGUCAUGA